GUAUCUUUUUCUAUUUUUAAUUUAUUUUCAAGCGCUAAUAUGAAUUAAGUAAAUGUUAGCGGUUGCGGGCUGUUUCUCCGUUUGCCACGUACUUCCUAAUGUAACACCGUCUCUCUCUGUUCAAGUGUCCUGAUCUUCUCUCAAAUUCCAUAGCUUUGAGAACAUCUUCACAUGAAAGAUUAAAAAAGAAAAGGGAUUAUGGUAAAGCGCUGAGUUUCUGAAGACUGAAGAGGAAUCUAGUUCUUCUGGGUUGGUCCAAUUUGCUGUUUCCUUAGUUUUUCCUUGCUUUUAUUGUGGGCAGAAUUAGUUUGGAAGGCGGAUAACUGUUGAAUGCCUUAUGGUAUGCUUCUUAUGAAGACAUUGUGAACACAGAAAGUUAGUAAUGUCAGACAUGGAAUGCUUACAUCCUGAAAAGAAGGUUAAGAGAAUAAUUUGGAAGCGGUCCAAGGAGAAACCGAAUGGGGAAAACUCUGCUGAAAAUGGUAUGUCAUUGAUGAAGAUGGAAGGUAAUGUGAAAAAGAGGGCCCAUCCCGAUUCAAUUACCAGUGAUUUAGAUAGGCCUUACAUGAUGUCCCUUCUCCCUCUUCCCAACUUGGAAGAAUGUAACUCGGGGGUCCCUAUUGUCUUGACUGGAACAGCAUGCAAAGGGGCAACUGGACCACCUGUUGGAGUGGUUGAUAUCGGUGUUAGCGAAGCUGCAUACUAUUUUCGUAUUGCCCUACCUGGAGUCAAGAAAGACCCUGGUGAGUUCAGCUGUGAAAUUGAAAAAGAUGGGAAGGUCCUUAUUCGAGGGUUGACGUCAACUGGUGGAAGAACUGUCUCAAGAUAUUCGCGGGUCUUUGAUAUGAAAAUUCAGCAACAAUGCUCAUCUGGACCUUUCACUUUGUCCUUUAGUUUGCCCGGGCCUGUCGAUCCUAGGUUGUUUUCACCAAACUUCAGAUCUGAUGGCAUUUUUGAAGCUGUUGUUGUGAAAUACGAAAUGUAGCUGGCAGUGUGUAGAUAACCAUUUUAAGCCAGAAUCCACCACAGAAAGCUGUUCCACCCAAGUUCCUUAAUAUGGAUUAGUGCUGGCUAAUGUGCUGUAUGUACUAACUUGUAGGUUUUUGUAUGGUUCAGAUAAAUGACAUGUUUUACCAUGUAAAUACAGCAAACUGCAGUUCAAAUGA